AUGGCGCUUGAACAGGACUUGGAGCUGACUCAGUCAGAAGGCAGCAGGGAGACUCUGCUGCAACAGGUCCAGGAGCUGCGCACACAGUUAACGAAGGCAGAAGGCGACCGGAAAGGCUUGCAGCAUCCAGCGUCUCAGGUUGCCAGGCAGUCAAGCCAUCAGGAUGAGCAAGGAGAUGACUGGAAGUUUAGGAGAGGAGUAGAGCGGGAAAAACAGGAUAUGCAGAAGCAGAUGUCCGAUUUCAGAGUGCAGCUGAACCUGAGUACCAUGGCGUCUGAGGUAGAGGAGGUGAAGCGGUGCCUGGAGCGCAAGGACAAGGAGAAAGCGCACUUGUCAGCCAAAUCCAG